AUGUCUGAGUUUUUCUUCCGCAACGCAAGAAGAGCACAGGAGGAUGAAGCACAGGAGGAUGAAGCAGAAGAAGACGAAGCACAGGAGGAUGAAGCCCAGGAGGAUGAAGCACUGGAGGAUGAAGCACAGGAGGAUGAAGCACAGGAGGAUGAAGCAGAGGAGGAUGAAGCACAGGAGGAUGAAGAGGAUGAAGCUCAGGAGGAUGAAUCAAAGGAGGAUGAAGCGCAGGAGGAUGAAGCGCAGGAGAAUGAAGCAAAGGAGGAUGACGUAAAGGAGGAUGAAGCAAAGGAGGAUGAAGCACAGGAGGAUGAAGCGCAGGAGGAUGAAGCAGCAGAAGAUGAAGCAGCAGAUGAUGAAGCAGCUGAAGAUGAAGCAGCUGGAGAUGAAGCAGCAGAAGAUGAAGCAGCUGAAGAUGAAGCAGCUGAAGAUGAAGCAGCUGAAGAUGAAGCAGCAGAAGAUGAAGCGGCAGAAGAUGAAGCAGCAGAAGAUGAAGCAGCUGAAGAUGAAGCAGCAGAUGAUGAAGCAGCAGAUGAUGUAGCAGCUGAAGAUGAAGCAGCUGAAGAUGAAGCAAAAGAAGAUGAAGCAAAAGAAGAUGAAGCAAAAGAAGAUGAAGAAAAAGAAGAUGAAGCAAAAGAAGAUGAAGCAAAAGAAGAUGAAGAAAAAGAUGAUGAAGCAAAAGAAGAUGAAGCAGCCCAAGAUGAAGCAGCAGAAGAUGAAGCAGCAGAAGAUGAAGCAGCUGAAGAUGAAGCAGCUGAAGAUGAAGCAGCUGAAGAUGAAGCAGCUGAAGAUGAAGCAAAAGAAGAUGAAGCAAAAGAAGAUGAAGCAAAAGAAGAUGAAGCAAAAGAAGAUGAAGCAAAAGAAGAUGAAGCAAAAGAAAAUGAAGCAGCUGAAGAUGAAGCAGCUUAA